AUGCAUUUCACAUCGGAUCGCCGUAUCCUCGCAGGAGCCCUGCUAACCGCCGGCGUCGUUUCCGCCCAGGAUGAUCCUUAUGCUCCCGUAUACGGGCAAUGUCCAGAGGGCCUGCGAGUACGAGAUGCUGCAAGCGGACUGUCUCGACCCGAAGCCUCGUGGAAGACGAACCGUGGCCAGAAGAUCAUCCCCGAGCUGACCAGCUAUCUAACCCUGGCCGACAUCGAUAACUUCAAUGUCCAGGAUUACAUCCAAAAGAUCAACAACACAAACUACCCCGUCGUCGGCCUCGCUGUCUCGGGAGGUGGUACGCAGUCUGGUCUUGGAGGCCUGGGUGUCUGGCAGGCCUAUGAUGCUCGCAACCCGGCUGCUGUGCAAUCUCGAACGGGUGGUCUGACGCAGCUUCUGUCCUAUAUCACCGGUCUCAGCGGAGGAGGAGCCCUGACGGUCAGCACGCUCGCCGCCAACGACUUCGUCAGCAUCGCAGACCUCAGGAAGCAGAUCAACUUCACCACCGACUACCAAGCAGGAAAAGAUGGACCGGACGGCCAGGACCAGUACGUCCAGAGCAUCUUCGAAGACAUCGCCUCAAAAGCGGAGGCGGGCUUUCCCGUGACCGUCGCCGACGCCUUCGGCAAGUUCUGGGCAACUUACCUCCCCCCGAACAAGACCUACGGCAACUUCUCCGACCUCACCGCCCAGGGCACCGUCUUCGCCCGCGGCGAUGCCCCGAUGCCCAUCAUCGUCCUGUCUGAGGUCAUCCCGGGCCAGUCGCCCGCCAUCCAGAACAUCAUGUUCCCCGGCCGCAACGACACCAACGGCUUCAACCUGACCUCGUACGAGGUCACCCCCUUUGAGUUCGGAAGCUGGCGCGGUGGCAGGGUGCAGGCUUUCAUGCCGACCAUAUACCUCGGCACGUCCAUGUCGAACGGGACGGCCCAGAACACGAGUGAGUGCGUGACGGGGUUCGACAAGUAUACCUUCCUCCAGGGGUCUACUGCCGAUGCGUUCAACGCCUGGUUCAUCGCUGGGUGGUACAAUAUCCCGACGUUUGCCAAGCGCUGGCUGGGAAAGAGACAGACCUCCUCGACGGAUAUCGUUGUACCUCCUGGACAGGAGAGCAAUGGACAGGUUAUUCUUGUUUCCAACGCGGCUAAGGCCUUCAAUCAGACUUUCAACGACUCUCUUUGGGCCACGUACCCGAACCCCUUCCAGAACUUCAACCCGGCCAUGCAGAACGUCGAAGAGCUGCUCCUCAUUGACGGAAGUCUCGCGGGUGAAACCGACCCGAUCCGUCCUCUGAUCAUCCCCGAGCGAAAGGUCGACUUCGUCAUCGUCUACGAGGCCUCGUCAGACGCAGCCAACGGCUGGAUUAACGGCACAAACCUCAUCAACUCCGCCCAGUCCGCGGCUCAGGGCAAUAUCCCCUUCCCCCGCAUCCCGGACGUGGCGACCCUCGUGACGCAGAACAUGACCAAGCAGCCGACCUUCUUCGGCUGUAAUGAGACGGCCCCGACCCCUCUGGUCCUCUACCUGCCCAACGCCCCCUGGUCGGGCUACAGCAACUUCUCAUACAUGAAGUCCUCCUUCACCGAUAACGAGUUCGAUUUGACAGUCGAUAACGCUUUCCAGGUGGCUACCUACGGAAACGGCACCGUCGAUGCCAACUGGCCCGCCUGUCUCGCCUGCGCGACGAUCCGCGGGAGCCUGGCGAGGAUUGGCAUGGCGCUGCCGCAGCAGUGCCAGGACUGCUUCGCGAAGCACUGCUGGAACGGGACCGUCGCCGCCGGCGCCCAGGUCACGCCGCAGGACCUCGACCCCAGCCUGAGGCUGAACCCGAGCCUGGGAUUCCAGGAGUGGAACGAGACGUACUGGACGAGCACGACGAACAAGGGCGGCGCGAGCAGCGGUGGUGCCAUGGGCGGUACCGGUGCUGGCGGGAUCGGUAAUGGAAGCAGUACCGGAGGGGCUGCGCCGUCGGGGACUGGAGGUUCCAGCCCGAACGGAGCGUCUAGCACGGCUGAGAUCGGGAAGGCUGCGGUUGUUGUGACUGUGGCCUCUCUGAUUGCCUUGAUAGCUUUGUUGUAA